AUGCAUAUGUGGGGAUAUGGAUCACAAUACAGAAAAGGACCAGAAUCUCUAAGAGGUACACAACCAACAGGUAUGCUAAGGCUUCCUUGCUACUGUUGUUCACUAGGUUGCAGGAAUAACAUUGAUCAUCCAAGAGCGAAACCGUUGAAAGAUUUCAGAACACUUCAAACACAUUACAAGAGGAAACAUGGAAUUAAGCCUUUUAUGUGUAGAAAAUGUAGUAAGGCUUUUGCUGUUAAAGGAGAUUGA